AUGUACACUGAGGUGGUGUGCCAUGGAUUAUCAGUGGGUCAGGCCAUACCUCAGUACGUCCUGGUCAAAAGACUGAUGCCCUGGUACAAAGCCCGGGAGUUCUGUCAGCAGCAUUACAUUGACCUGGCUGUCCUGAACACAGAGGAGCAGUACCUCACUCUCCUCAAUGUCACUGCUUCAGAUACAGGCAGCUUUUGGCUCGGUCUCCAGAUGCAGAACACCUCGGCUGGCUGGAAGUGGGUGGAUGGAGAGGAGCUGACCUAUGAUAAGUGGUACAGGAGAAACUAUAAGGUUCGCUGUGCAAGCUUGGAGGCCAUGCUGAAGAAAGAAAAUAAACUACUGGGUCGCUACUGUGAUGAGCUGCACAUGUUUGUCUGUCGGGGUCCAAUUCCUCCACAGUCAGUGGGAGUGGACGCGGUGAGCUCAGGUGCCGUGGUCCUCAGUUGGAACGUCUCAGCUUCUAUGCGGAUGACACCACACAGCUACAAUGUAACGAUAUGCACCAACACAUGUGACACGCAUGUCUACCAUUACACUAACGGCUCUACCCUCAUGACCAUCAUCAUCACCAACCUAACCUCGGACUCAGAAUUCUUCAUUGAAAUAUCUGCAUUUGUUGUUCGGCCUGACUACAACACUGGUGGAGAUAUUAUCCUUCAGAGUUACCCUACAGCUUUAAAAGUCAAAACAGUGGAGUCUUAUAGAAGGCCCAGAGUCAUCAGAGUCAUCUUCAUCAUUUUGAAACUGCUCAAGCUUUUGUAUUUGGCUCCCCCACUGUGCUUUCUUCAUCAUAUCCUGAAAAAAUAUGAUAUGAAGGUGUCAGAUCAUAACUCGCCAACAGAUCCGGAGAUCGCAACUUUGGAGACACAAAUUGGCCUGCUCCCAGAGAGAACCAGAGGAUUCGGUUAAAAUUAGAAAAACAUACAGCAUUUGACCUUCAGAGAAAAAUGCUCUUGACUAAAGGUCCAGAUUAUUAAUCAAAACAAGGAUCUGUGUUCCAAAUGUUACUCAGUUGGUUUUAAACCUAAGUAGUGUUUGGUGCCUCUUGUUACAAGCAGACACAGAUGAUGAUGACAUCAACUAUAGAGAAUGUAAGUCAUAGGAAGAUAUCAGGAAGUGUUUCUGUUGUUUGAAAUUUGUAACUUCAACUCCUUGUUACUCACAUAUCUUGAACGCCCCACUCCCGGUAUCAAUCAUAGCUUGGGGGCGAGUUUUGUACUGUUUUUGGUGUAUUUCGCAUUUUAUGAGUAAGGAUACCAUAAUUUCUAAACUUCUCACUGCAGCUUAAGACAACAAUGCUUCAGCCGCAUCUUUGAAGAGCGACUUGUAUGAAGUACUUGUCAGUAGUAAGUGUAUUAGACACAUGGGGGAGGGGUAAGAAAACCAGGUGGAGAAACAGCUCAGAAGCUAGGCCACAACCACUACAGAUUGGGCCAAUUUUACUGUGUCAUUUAGUUCCUUUUGAGAAAGUCCAACCCAAGAACUAAUGUCAGUGAAAGUGUACACAACAUUUGGAAAUUUCUCAGCACUCUGCUGUCAGAAAGCCUUUUUGUUUUUGCACUAUUUGCAGAUGCAACACAUACAGUGUGUGUUCUUCCGCCUGCAGUGCUCCGAUAAGCUGUUUGCAGGCUUCAAAAGAGACAGAGAUACAACCGCACUGAAAAAUUAGUGAUUCUGUCAGCAAAGAUGACAUGUCGUUCACAGUGGACGCCUUUAUUAUUUAGAGUUUACAGAGGAAGAACAAGACUCACAAGCCAAAGAAGAGAGGGGGGAAACUUUUGUGCUAACUGACAUACUGACUGCCCCAUUAUUGAGUGACUUGUGUUCACCCGAAAUAUUCAAAGUACAAAAUAUGAACUUUUACUGUGAAAUAACGUUCAGUUACACAAUGUAGAGAAGAAAAUAUUUACUUAGUGUAUAUUUUCCAUUUUUUAAGCUAUAGUUGUGAUUUGCAUUAAGAUGAAGAGCUCUUCUUCAGCGGGUAGAGGCUCACCGUGUUGAUUUUCUAUACUCAGGAAAAAGAGUAAAUAAAACUAAGGGGACUGUGUCAUUCUAUCAGAUUUUACUAGUAAAGCUAGUAAUCAAUUUGCUUAGUUUUCUCACCUUUAAAAUAAUGUUUAAGCCCUACUAUCUCGAUAGUCUGCACUGUUUUGUUAAAAUGGAGCAAAUGAUGAUGAAGCUUGAAAGUGAAACUAAAAGUGGCAGAGUUUGCAGUCACCCCAACUGAGACAAACUUAGCCAGUUUAUGGAAAUGAAAAUCUAUUUUUCUUUUUGGGAUUUUUUUUUAUGUAGAAAUGUCUUUCUGGAAUUUUCUAGUAAGAUAUUAGGUAAGUGUAAGUGUUUAAAUGUGUUUAAAAAGUACAAAGUUAGGUAAUAUGAAAAGGUCCAGAUGUAUCUAAAGCCUUUAUUUUAAGCCUUGACUAAACAAUACUUUAUUUCAAUGAAACGAUUUUUAAGAAAAAACAUUUUUGGAAAAAAAGCAAACAAAAGGUCAUGGCUGAAAACUCUUCCAGUAUUUUUUAUUUCUUUAUUUUUAAAGAUCAUAGUGUUUGAUUUAGUAUUUAUUUCUUAGGGGAGUUAUUGCAUGCUGACAAGUUAACGUUUAAUCUGACAUACUUGUUUCAAAAGGUGGUCCCUGAAAAUAAUUAGACAAUAAUUUGAAGGAAAACCUCCCAUGUGUCAUGUCAGCAGGUAUCUCAAUGUAUUUCUUUUAUAUGAAUGUAUGAACCCAAAGCUAAAACUCAGCAGUUUUCAAACUAAGCUACUUGUAAAGCCCAAAAUGAUGACUCAGAUUUUUUUUGGUUUUAAAGUUUACUGUUCUCAUGUUUCCUGAGUCAUAAC